AUGCCAUCUGACGCUAAAGCUCGAAAAUAAAAACUGGAGAACAUGAAUUAAAGCGUGUGUAUGUGCUGUGUAACUGUAAAUAUACUUUUAUUAUCGGCGAUAAAUCUAUCGCUGCAAUGUCAAUCAAUAUAUUAUGCGCUGCAUUUCGUAAAAUCGCAGUGGGUAGGAUAAGUUCCGCUGCUACUGCUGUCGCAAGACACUCGACGCAGGGAUCAAAUUGCGAUGCAAAUGCAGUUUCCCGUUUAACGUUCGACAACUGCGUACGAUAUAGCGCAGAAUCGAUACACGGCAUUAAAUUUAUACCGGGAACACUUGGCAUAGACUUUGGGAUGCCGGCGAGUGGCGGUUUAGUAAGAAACAUUAUUGAAACCCCUGCUACGAAGAUUCCUCCUCCGUUGCAAGAGCCGGCGGAGCGUUUGCCCAUUCAAUACGAUUCUCCCGCACCUGAGAAGUCUAUAGAUCUACCUACGAACGGAGGAAUCAUGGAGAAGAAGGCGGUAAACAUGAUAAGGAUCAGGCGUAAGAAAAUGAAGAAGCACCAACGAAGGAAGCUGCGCAAGAAGAUGAAAUUCAUAUGGGCGAAGUUAAGGUUAAAGAGAAAACAGAAGAAGGAGAAACUCUUUCAAGCCGAUCUAAUUGCGAAGAUUAAGGAGGCCGAAGCAUUCGAUGCCAAGGCGUAUGUCAACGAGAGAUUAACUAUCUUGAAUAAGGAGAGACUGCCAAGAACUUUUAGAGGCGAAAUUUUACCUCCUGAGAUGAUUAAGCAAUUUUUAGACGAGAAAAGAGCGAAAAAAGACGCUAAACGUAACAAACCUCGUUUGACUCUAUAACUUGUAUACAAGUCGUGGAAAUAAAGAUUUAUCGGAGUGGUAA